UCGAGGAAAGUAUUGUGAGUCCUGCGUCUAAGGGAAGGGUAAGACAUGGUGUGGAGUUGUAGUCUGAUGGUCGGAUCGCAAUUGGUGAUGCUGUGGUCAUUUGUCUUACCAGGCACUGUGGAAUAUACAGAGCCAGAGCAUGCGGCGUCUGCGCGGAAGGCACUACAGCACCAUAAAGAGGAGGAAUGGCCAGAGAAGAUGAUCAUCAACUUUGUUAAACAGAAGCGAACAUUUGAUACCCUUGGAAAUGGGCAUUCAGCGCCAGCUGGUGCAGUUCUUGGAGCCGAACAAGCAUUCCUGCAGAUGGCAGGCCGAAUGCCAGUUGGUGGUCUCUGGGAUACUGCCUCGUCACUGCCUGGAGGGGGGGGGCAUGAUGGUGGUGCCUAUGGUGUUUACCCUCCAAGCCAGCUGAGUGAUAAUGCGCUGUCCUAUCAGGCAUCUUCGGGCCCGCUGGCGAAUCAUUUUGAUCAUUUUGAUCAUCUUGGACAUGAGGCGUUUGGAAACCUUCUAGGGCACGGUCCAUCGAUGGCAUCAAGCUAUGGUCAUUCUAGCUCUGGCGGUCUGCAAUCGCUCGCACCCUCGUUGGGGCCGCCGCUUGACCUUGUUUCAAAUGCGAACUCGUCAGCUGACAGAACCUUGAAAGUUUCGGACUUCCGUGUACAGGUGCAAAAGAUGUUCCCAUUGGCACAACAGAUAAGCCUCAGCAAGAAGGAGCUGGGUGCUGGGGAGAUGCGUUCAGGCUUCGUCACAUUUGGAGACGUGCCUACCGCAGUUGCAGAACGGCAUAGAAUGAUGCUCUACUGCGACAAGACCCAGAAGAGACCGCUGCAAGUGAACUACUCCAAGCAAGCGGCGGACCAGAGGCGUGACAUCAUUGGUGGUUCCGGAGUGCAGAACCCGACUGCAGUGGCGGGGCGCCUUCCUGGAUUACAUCAUGGAGAGCGUUUGUAUGAUGCCAGGGUUCCGGACCCCGCUUUACUAUACGUGAGGGAUAGCAAGGGCAAUCCUGCAUCUGCCACACUCUUUGUUGAUGGGCUUCCCCAGGAUGUAACGGAGGAUGCUGUGAGAGGGAUAUUUGCUACUCAUCCAGGUUUUAAGGAUCUUAAACUAGGGACGAAGGCACUGACGGAAGAGGAGUUUCGGACUUGCGUGGUUUUUUUUGAUAGCGUUGCAAAUGCAUGUGUCGCUCGCGUGGCACGAGAUGGGACAAGGCUUCAUGGAUGGAAGCGAGAUAUGGUCGUAAAUUUUAAGAAGUGGGCCACUCGGCGGUGAGGAAGAUGAGAAAGAUGCGUGAACGCGGUGAAGGGGGAGAUGGCCAAGGUCUGCAGAUGUAUGACUGUAAGGAAUGGAGGGGUGGUGGCGAUGGGAAUGGUGGUAGUGGCACAUAUAAUGACUGGUGAGUGAGGGAGAGGUGGUCUAAAGUGGGUGAUUAUGGGAAUGGCAGGGUAUGACAGGCAUGGAAUUUGGGGGGGUUGAAUCGUUUGUGAAAGUGAUUUGGGGGGGGCAGUGUAUGUGCCAGUCAGUGCUUCCAAGCAUAUUGAGAUUACGAACGGGCAGCUCAUGUGGAAAAGGGGGGAUGGUUGUAUCACAGCUGGUGGUAGAUAAGCUACAAUGGAAGUGGGUGGAAGUGGGUGAAGCAAAGGAGAUAUAAUAUCUUUGGGUGAAGCAAAGGAGAUAUAAUAUCUUUGGGUGAAGCAAAGGAGAGCUUCUGGGAGUUAUGGGAGUUAGAUGUGUUUUUGUGAAUUGAUCUCAUGAAGAAGGCUUCGGAUGUGAAGAAGGCGGCUAUUGGAUCUAUUGAGGGGAUAGAUACACCAGAUGUUACACCAGAUAUCUUGAGGAUGUUAUUUCACAGAUAUUGAGGAUGUUAUUUCACAGAUAUUGAGAUGUUAUUUCAGAGGCGAAGCCGUAAAAA